UUGCUUGCUAAAUUGCUGGGAAAGUAGUACCCAUUUAUGUCGACAGUCCUCUAUGAAUGUCAAUACACAUUAUUUUCACUGAAAGACUGAAGUUACAGAUGGGCUAUUCGCUUGGUGUGUUUGCCAGCUGCAAAACGAAAGAGGCUUUUGUUGCUGGCAGUUCCGUGUUUACAUUGUUGAGGGUGGCUGUUGCUUGUCUGGGCUUUGAGGAAAGUACCUGCCAUUACGUGAAAACUAGAACUUAAAAUGUCUGGAUCAAUAAAACGUUAAUACAACGACGUUGCGGGCUCACUUUACAUAUGAACGGCUGUGUUAGUACAUUCAUAGUCAGGCAGUGAUGUAGAUUUGUAGAUGGCCCUUUCUGAACCAUGGAGGAACCGUCGACUAUAGAAGUCACUGUGAAAACUCUGGACUCCCAGAGCAGAAGUUACAAAGUGAGAGGAGAGUUGACUGUGAGGGAGUUUAAGGAGCACAUUGCUGCCUCAGUGGAAAUCCCGGUGGACAAGCAGAGACUCAUUUACCAGGGCCGCGUGCUGCAGGAUGACAGGACUUUGACUGAGUACAAUGUGGAUGGCAAGGUGAUCCACCUGGUGGAGCGUGCCCCUCCCCAGCCCAGCCAGGCAGGCGGGGGUGGCAGCGGUGUGGCAGGCUCCUCGGGGACCGCGGAGGGCGGUGGCUCAGCCCCCUCCCACUCCACCACCUCCACCUCCGCCCCCCCGGGAGGCCCCCACGACCGCAAUGGAAACAACUACGUCAUGCUGGGAACCUUCAACCUACCUGUCAACAUCAUGGACCCCCAGCAGAUACAGAUGCAGGUGCAGCAGAUGAUGUCUGGAGUGGGCGGUGAGGCGGGCCGCGUCCCCCGCGUCAGCACCAGCACUGGGAGCAACGGCACAGUGGACUUGCACAUAAAUUUGGACCAAUCGGUGCAGAGCGAGCCCAGGCUGCGGCUGCAGUUGGCUGAGAACCUGCUGAGGGACAUCCAAUCAGUGAUCAACAGACUAGAGGGUCAGCAGCCGGACGCAGCCACCAAUCAGGCUCCGGCAUCCGAGGCAGCGGCAGCCAACCAGCCCUCUGGCCCGCCCCCAUCCACCCCCACACCAGCUGCUCAGCCAAUGGACACAUCACCCCCAGCGCCUCCUCCACCAACCACGGAGACCACCACCACAUCCUCCACAUCCACCUCUACUUCAACCUUCUCCUCCUCCUCCUCUUCUUCAUCCUCCACCUCCACUUCCACCUCCAGUCAGACAGAUGGCACUGCCCAAACUGGACCCAAUCACCCGAGUCCUGCUGAGCUGGUGGAGGUCCUGUCGGAGGUGAGGCGCCUGGAGGAGCGCCUGCGUCCAUUUAUGGAGAGGACCCACUCCAUCCUGGGGGCCGCCUCCUCCGCCGACUACAACAACAACACUCAGGAGCGUGAGGAGGACCAGCGCACCCUUAACCUAGUGGGGGAGUCCCUGCGUCUCCUGGGCAACACGCUGGUCAACCUGAGCGACCUGCGCUGCAACCUGUCAGCCCAGCCCCCCCGCCACCUGCACGUGGUGCGGCCCAUCUCCCACUACACCUCUCCCAUGCUGCUCCAGGGUGGCAUGCCCCACAUCCCCAUUCCGAUGAACCUUGGGACCACUGUCACUGUGACGUCCAAUGGCAGACAAGCCACCGAGGGCCAGGCCCAGCCCCCUCCUGCUCCGGGCCAACCGGAUCAGCCGAACCAGGGACAGGCCCCGCCCCCGCAGCCCAAUGCCACCAAUCAGCAGGGCCAGCCUCAGGGCCCCGGACCCCGCGUCAUCAGGAUCACACACCAGACCAUGGAGCCAGUGGUCAUGAUGCAGAUGAACCUGGACGACUCGGGCACAGGGCCCCAGGCAACCGGACAACCAAACGCCUCCACUCCUGGACACGCAGGUCUGCCUCCAGAGUUCAUGCAGGCCAUCGUGCACCAGAUCUCCCAGCAGGCCGCAGCCAUGGCAGCCGCCCACGCAACCGGACACGCCCACAUGCCCCCGGGCACCGGCGGCACCGCCCCCGGGGUACCCCCGACCCACCCGCACCCCCACCCUCAUGCCCACCCCCAUCCCCACCCCCACCCUCAUGGACACCCCCAUGCCCGCGUGGUCAUCACCCGGCCGUCGUUUGUGUCCCGCAUCCCCCCGCCCACCAACAUCAGGGCCAACAUGCCCGCUGGAGCACCACCAGGCACGCAGAUGCCGGGACAGGGCAUCCCUGGAGCUCCUGGUGGAGUCCCUUCUCCCCUCAGCCAGAUGGUCUCUGGCAUAGUGGGACAGCUGCUCAUGCCAGUAAACACAGGUGGUGAACCGACGUCCAGCAACUCGUCCUCCCACACCUUCUCCUUCUCUUCCUCUUCCUCCUCCUCUUCGUCCUCCUCUUCCUCCUUCUCCACCACCCCGGCCUCUGCCGCCCCGCCCCCCACCCCCUCCACCCAGACCACCACCGGCACCCCAGAGGGCGGCCCUCGACCUGCCAGUCAGGCGCCCGGCGAGGGUGGGAUUGGUGGGCCUCCCCAGGGGGAGGGAGGUGGCAUGGAGGGCAACCUGGCCCAGCUACUGGGCUCCCUGCUGGGGGGCGUGGCAACCGGCCCUGGAGGGGCGGCGGGACCGGGCGGCUCGCCGUCAAUCACGGUCACCGUGCCGGGAGUGCCCGCCUUCCUGCAGGGCAUGUCCGAGUUCAUGCAGGCCAGCCAGCCCGUCUUCUCUCCCCCUCCCGGCUCCCACCCCCAUCCUCCUCCACCCCCCACCUCCACCACCGCUCCACCUCCCGCCUCCGCCACCCCCGGCGGUCCCCCCCCCCCCUCCUCCACCACCCAGCCCUCUGCUCCCCCUCCCCCCUCCUCUGGAGCGGGGCCUGGCGGGGAGACCCUGAGCCCAGAGCUGUUCACGGGCAUCGUGCAGGGCGUGCUGUCCACGCUGCUGGGCUCCCUAGGCGCCGGAGGGGGCAGCAGCGAGAGCAUCGCCCAGUUCAUACAGCGCCUCUCGCAGACCAGCAACCUCUUCACGCCGGGCUCCGGGGACGCCGUGGGUUUCUUUGGUGAUCUCCUGUCGCUGGUGUGCCAGAGCUUCUCCAUGGUGGACAUGGUGCUGCUGCUGCACGGCAACCCACAGCCCCUCAGCCGCAUCCAGCCGCAGCUCAGCGCCUUCUUCAGAGAGCACUACCUGCAGGGCAGGGAGGCCACCGACGCAAACAUCAACUCUUCAUCAGAGGAGCUCAUCAACGGGCUAGAGGAGUACAUUGCUGAGAGCUUUGCCACGGUGGCUGUGCGUGAGGGGGUGGACAUCGUGCAGACCAACCUGUCCUUCCUGCGACAGCAGUUCACGCGCAUGGCCACACACAUCCUGCGAUGCACAGACCACACCUUUGGGCCGCGCCUGCUGUACAUGUGCACCCAGGGCCUGUUUGAGUGCCUGGCCCUCAACCUCUACUGCCUGAGGGGGGAGCAGAGGGCUCUCACCGCCGUCAUCAACCACCGCAUCAGGAGGAUGUCUGCGGAGGUGAACCCCAGUCUGGUGAACUGGCUGACCAGCAUGAUGUCCAUGAGGCUGCACGUCAUCCUGGAGCACAACCCAGUGCAGGAGGGAGACAUCAUCCACUAUGUCAUACACACUCAGAGUGAUGCAGCCCAGAGGGAACCAGAGUCCCAGGCUGAGCAGCCGGACGAUGUCCAGAAUGUCGAGAUGGAGGAGACGAUGUCCCCAGCCCCGGCCACCACGGCGGAGGAGGCCAUGCUGACCAAUGCAGCGGACGCGGCCGAGGGCACGGGGUCACGCCGCACGUCAUCAGCUGAGACCAGAGGAGCUGGCGCCAUGCCAACAGCAGUGGCGGCAUCAGCAGUAGGGCGAGCGGAGGCCGGUGCGGAUGCGGAGCCGUGGGCUGCUGCAGUGCCACCCGAAUGGGUGCCCAUCAUCAGGCAUGACAUCUUGGCCCAGAGAGAGAUUAAGAGUCAGCCGCCACUGUCCGAUGCCUACCUCCACGGCAUGCCUGCCAAGAGAAGGAAGACGGCCCAGGGUGACGGCCCCCACCUCACCCUGUCGGAUGCGGUGAGCAGAGCGUCCCGGGCGGCCGGCGUGCGUCCCGUCACCUCCCCAGAGAGCCUGCAGGGGGAGCUGGAGAGCCCCGAGCUGCAGCAGGCCUACAGCGAACAGGUCAAGAGGGAUGUCAAGAAACGGCUGAACGACGAUCCAGACUACAACUCGCAACGUUUCCCCAACACACACCGUGCUUUCUCUGAAGACUCAUAAUCUUAUUGGCCCGCUUCACCUGUCAGUCAGUGUGUGUGUGAAUGUCCCUCCCGCCCUCCUGCCCUUAUCCAUCCAGUAAUCUGUAACUUCCAAGCUGGUCGACGCCCACAAGAGGAAGAAGGAAGAGGAGUGGCUUCUAGUUUGGACAUUGUGGCUUUUUUCCCUCAGAAAGAAAAAAAAAACACGCCUUCAGACAUGGCACAAUUUGCAAGUCAUGGCUUGAUGUCUCUCCUCAUACACCUCAACAACUGCCGUCGGGUCCAACAGCCACAGUCAGUCAUACAAAGACGUACACGUGUACACACACACACACACACACACACACACACACACACACACACACACACACACACACACACACACACACACACACCUCCACACCUGUUGGAGUAGUAACAUGCUCAUAUCACCACAUCCUCCAUAUGUAGUUUUUUAUUUGUUUUAUUUUUAUUCUUUUCUGGAUAGCACCCUGCUUAGAGACACAACACCUUCAAGCUGUGGACAAUGCCAGACCUAGCACCCCUGUGUGUGUGCGUGUGCGCGUGUGCGUGCGUGCAUAUAUGUGUGUGUGUGUGCGUGUGUGUGUGUGUGUGUGUGUGGUCUCGUCUCCUGCUGCUACACAGUGCAUUCUGAGGCUUGCUUGUUAAUUUCCUGAGUUGUAAUGUUAAGUUGUACAUUGUGGUUGAGAUGUCGAUAGUUCGAUAUUGAGGUCUUGAUAAAUGAAUGUGAGAAUGGGAGGUAAAGGGUUGAUUUAAAUAAAAAAGUGCAUAUUGGACUUAAGAAAAAUCACUGUCAUAUACCGUAGGAUAGAACAGUUUUAUUCACUGAUUUUAGUCCAAUUUGACCAUACGGAAAAGGAUGUGAAAAACUGCUGACUGCUGACUUUUUCAACAACAAAAAGUUAGAUGUUCAUGUUAAGUCUAAAGACUGUCUUCCUGGUGGUCGUUUUAUGGUGAAAUCAAAACAGACUCCUAAACAUGAUGCAUCAAAACAUGACAAAUGCUCACCUUAAAUGUUUUGAUGGAUAUUCUUUGUCUUCAUGCUUCAGUCGUACCCAAUGCGCUACUCUUUAUUACUAAGAUGUGUUUUGAUUAUCUAUAAUAAAGAAAUGUAAGUCUU